AUGUAUUCUUCAUUCACCAUGCCAAUCGACCCAUGGCCUCAGCAGAUGAACGAUUACAAGAAAGGAGAGGAAGUUGGUUCUGGAAACUUUGCUACCGUAUAUCGGGGUAGUCUGGCUUCGGAUCCUAGCAAGAAAUGCGCUCUCAAAGUUAUCAAGGUGGGUGAAUCUAUGAAACUCGAUGCUUUCGUGACACAUACGCGACUUUUUCUCAGGUUUUUUUUAACGAACUGACAAUUGGCGACCUAUUUGUGCAUCUGACAAGGAAAGUACUUUUAUGGGGGCUCCUACUUUUUGACGGGACAUAUCUCAAAAAAUCAGAAAAAAUGCGCUGAUCAAGGAUAUAUAAAUCUUAGCUGCCCAUUUUAGGUUUUUAGGGGUGAAAACUCAAUCGGAAGUUGGUUUAAAGUCCUAUAUAAACCCCUUUUCGCUUAAUUUUUCACAGGUUUACAAUUUUUAUUUUGGCUUAAAAUGGUGUUUAUUGAGUUUCUAAGACGUAAUAAGUCAGCCUUGGCCCAAAAAUUUAUUUUUACGACCUUCAACUUCAAAAACAGUUUAUUCAGCCCAAAAGGGAAAUCGAACCCGUCCGGCGUCCCCCUCUUGAUUCCCAGACUACGGCACUAACCACUCGGCCACACCGCUCUCUUCCGAAGGAAGAGACCGACUCACGGCAACCCGAAGUGUUUCCUGGCUCCUUUCGACACUUCGCCCAUUUUGUAUCGGUUGAAAUCAAACAAAAUGUCACAAAAGAAUUUUUCGUGGGAUUUUCCGACCGAAAAAUAUUUUUCUCGGAAUUAUUUUAUUUCUUUUGUCAAUUUUGACACUUCGUUUGGACGAAACUCAAAACUGGGCGGGAAACAUUUUUCUCUAUUUCGGGUUGCCGUGCGACUGCGCUUUUUAUAGUUUUGAAUGCCUGCGCCUUUUGUAGGGAAAUUAAGGCAGUUUUUGGGCACUUUCACCCAUAAAAACCUAAAAUGGGCAGCUAAGAUUUAAAUAUCCUUGAUCAGCACAUUUUUUCUGAUUUUUUGAGAUAUGCCCCGUCAAAAAGUAGGAGCCCCCAUAAAAGUACUUUCCUUGUGAGAUACUUUUCGAACUAAAUUGAAAAAUGUGUAUUAUUUUAGGCAUCCAGGUGAAGUGUAAUAUAAAUUUGUGGUAUUUUUAGCUCAGCGAUAUCGAUGAAAAGUCCAGAGCUCUUCAGCAACAAGAACUCGGCUUCCUCAGGGACCUCGCCCACAAGAAUAUUGUCCAAGCGUACACUUCUUUCUUCGUUGAUGUAAGUGCAAUACGACUACUUGCAAAAUAUUCUUUGUGUAUUUGCAGCUGAAGACAUACGUUCUGGUUAUGGAGGACAUGGGAGAUCAGGAUUUGGAGGCAUAUGUCAGACAUGAACUCCUCUCCGAAUAUCGUCUGAUCCCCGAAUACCGAAUCUGGAGAUAUUUGACUCAGAUUGCUGAUGCCCUCACCUUUGUUCACAGCAAGAAUGUGCUUCAUAGAGGUGAGUUUUAACCGAGAGAUAAGUAAUUCGAAGUGCUUGGCUUAGCAGAGAAAAAGAUCUGCAUGUUACGCUAUUUCAGUCAAGGAUGAUGAAAAGUGUUUUGAAGGAGUUUUUUUAUUACUUAUUUCGUAUGUUAUUGUAGAUCUGAAAACCUCCAAUAUCCUCAAGUCCGGAUCUCUGAUCAAGGUGGGCGACUUUGGACUGAGCAAACGGGUCAAGCCCGGAGGAAAGUACACUGAAAGAUGUGGAACACCCUUCUACCUCGCUCCAGAACGCAUGGGAAAAAAGGCUUAUGGAUUCCCAUCAGAUGUGUGGAGUUUGGGUUGUAUUUUCUAUGAAGUAAGUGGAUUACUCUAGAAUGUCGAUUUCUACUUAAUUUAUCCUUUUCCCGAUCAAGUUUGCCUUACGUUUCCAACAUUAUUGGGCAAAGUUGUUAUCUUUCGUUUAGUAUAAUAUAAAUUUUUCAGAUGUGCACUGGGGUGUCUCCCUACUUUGGUGAACGGUCCAACGAGUACAGUCUGAGAACCAAAAUCGUCCAUUCCGAUUGCCCACCCAUCUCCGAAGAUUGUUACAGCUUUUUUGUGGAGGAUUUGAUUGCCUCCAUGCUCCAAAAGGACCCCGCUUAUCGCCCAGAUGCCGCGUUUGUCGCCGCUUACGCCCGCAAGAUUGACAAUUACUACAGAACCAAGUUCCCAGAUCUUCCCGACAUCUAA